AUGAAUCGUGUGAUGAAGGUUUAUGUUCUCCAGAGGCCAAGAACCCCAGUGUCUUUGCGUGAUUCAGCAACAACCUUUCAUCCUGGGGGCUCAUCCGGGAUUCUUCAGAUCAAGGGACGGCUGAUCUUCCGGGAUGUGGCCAUAGACUUCACUCAGGAGUGGGAAUGCCUGGACCUCGGUCAGCGGGAAUUGUAUAGGGACGUGAUGUUAGAGACCUACGGGAACCUGGCCUUCUUGGGACUUGUCUCUAAGCUGGAGCUGGUCGCCUUUCUGGAGCAACUGAAGGAUCCCAGGAAUAUAAGGAGAAUGGAGACAACAGCCAUUUACCCAGCUAUGACUCCACAAGACAUCCAAGAUUUGAUGCCAAAGAAUCCAGCAUUAGAAGAUGUAUUCCCAAAAGCAAACCUAGGAAUAUAUCAAACAUUUCAGCUCAGAAACUUAAAUUUAAUGAAAGACUGGGAAUGUACGAGAGUAUAUGAAAGAUGGAGAGUGUGUUUAAGUGGACAUAAAGAAAUGCAGACAGUUAUACAUAAUGCUAACAUUACUGCAAAAAGAAAUCAGCAACAUGAGUCAAACUGGGAAAAACACUGCCUUCAGUCUUCAACAUCUGCAGAGAAGUGUAAGUAUUUAAGAAAAGAUUUUCAUCCUUUUGUGAAACAUACAUGUUCUCUGAAAGGAAAUAUGGAAAAUCUGGAAGGUGAUCUAAUCUCUACUGCAAAUACUCAUUCAGACAAUUCUGAACUUAGGCUUCAACUAAACAUACAUUCAAGCAUGUCUGAACACCUACAAUUUAACAAUGAGUGGGAAAACUCACAAUCUCAUCAAUUUGAGAGAUCCAUGACCAGGAGGUCAUUAUUCUUCCCCCAACAGAUAUUUUCUCUGCAUUCCAAGAUGUAUAAUGUUGAUGAUAAUGGAAGAGACGUAAUCCAACCGUCAUUGUUCAAUACAUAUUGUGAUGUGGUUAAUACAUAACAACAUUGCAUGUGUAAUAAAAUGAG